AUGCCCAUCCAGCCCAUGUGUUCGUUUCCCCCACCCCACCCUUUGGAAAUUAUUCUUUUGAAGAUUCUUCAUUGUCAAGCCGCCAAAGUGGAGAGUGUGAUUGCAGAAGGGGGUGCUUCUCGUUUCAGUGCUUCUUCGGGCGGAGGAGGAGGUAGGGGUGCAUCUCAGCACUAUCCCAAGACUGUCGGCAACAGCGAGUACCUGGGGAAAACCCCAGGGCCUAGCGUUCAGAGAUGGGUUCCUUCACGAAGCACUAGACGAGAUGUCAGCUCCACAAAUGAAAAAGAAAGACAUGAUGCAAUCUUUAGGAAAGUAAGAGGUAUAUUAAACAAACUCACCCCUGAAAAGUUUGACAAGCUAUGCCUUGAGCUCCUGAAUGUGGGUGUAGAUUCUAAACUUGUCCUUAAAGGCAUCAUCUUGCUGAUUGUAGACAAAGCUCUAGAAGAGCCAAAGUAUAGCUCGCUAUAUGCUCAGCUAUGUCUGCGCUUGGCAGAAGAUGCACCCAACUUUGAUGGCCCAUCACCAGAAGUUCAGCCAGCUCAAAAGCAAAGCACGACGUUCAGGAGACUUUUAAUUACUAAACUUCAAGAUGAAUUUGAAAAUCGUACCAGAAAUGUUGAGAUCUAUGACAAACAUGACAACCCUCUUACACCUGAUGAAGAGGAGCAGCGUGCCAUUGCCAAGAUCAAAAUGCUGGGCAACAUCAAAUUCAUUGGAGAACUUGGAAAGCUUGAUCUUAUCCACGAAUCUAUCCUUCAUAAGUGCAUCAAAACACUUUUGGAAAAGAAGAAGAGAGUUCAGCUUAAGGAUAUGGGAGAGGACUUGGAGUGCCUCUGUCAGAUAAUGAGGACAGUGGGACCCAGAUUAGACCAUGAAAAGGCCAAGUCUUUAAUGGAUCAGUACUUUGCCCGUAUGCGAUCCUUAAUGACAAACAAGGAAUUGCCAGCAAGGAUUCGUUUUCUGCUGCAGGAUACCGUGGAGUUGCGAGAAAACAACUGGGUUCCUCGCAAAGCUUUCAUUGAUAAUGGACCAAAGACGAUUAACCAGAUUCGUCAGGAGGCAGUAAAGGAUUUAGGUGUUUUUAUUCCUGCACACAUGUCUCAAGGAUUGAGGCCAGAUUUUUUUCUUGAGGGACCUUUUAUGGCGCCCAGGAUGAAACUAGAUCGAGAAGCUGUUGGGGGACUUGCUGAUAUGUUUGGACAGAUGCCAGGUAGUGGGAUUGGCACUGGUCCCGGAGUUAUUCAGGAUAGAUUUUCACCCACAAUGGGUCGCCAUCGUUCAAAUCCACUCUUUAAUGGCCAUGGUGGACAUAUCGUGCCUACUCCUCAGUCCCAGUUUGAAAUUGGAGGCAAAGCUUUUAUGAAAUCAAACCAGGGGCAAAACCAGCAUUAUCAUAAUCAGAACCAGGGACAUUCGUCUCAGCAGCCAGCUCAGUCGAAAGAUAUGCCGCCUCGGUUCAUUAAGAAAGGACAGCUGAAUGCAGAUGAGAUCAGUUUGAGACCUGCUCAGUCAUUCCUAAUGAACAAAAAUCAAGUGCCAAAGUUGCAACCACAGAUCCCAACUAUGAUUCCUCCCAGUGCGCAACCACCUCGAACAAACACGCCACCACUGGGCCAGCCACCUCAGCUUGGUCUAAAAACCAAUCCACCUCCAAUUCAGGAGAAGCCUGCCAAAAAUAGCAAGAGACCGGCUCCAGCUAAAGAGGAACUACUUAAAAUGACUGAAGCAAUUGUUACGGAAUUCAUGAAUAACAAAACAAUAAAUGAUGCUGUCACUGGUCUCAGAGAGAUGAAAGCUCCUAAACAUUUUCUACCAGAGAUGUUGAGCAAAAUAAUUCUGUGUUCGUUGGAUCGCACGGAUGAUGAUAAAGAACAUGCCAGUACACUCAUUCAUUCUCUUAGACAAGAAGGAUUAAUCUCUGGUGAAAACUUCAUGCAGGCUUUCUUAAAUGUUCUGGACCAGUGUCCAAAGUUGGAGGUGGAUAUACCACUUGUUAAAUCCUAUCUGGCCCAGUUUGCAGCCCGUGCUGUUAUUGCAGAGCUUAUCACAAUAGCAGAGUUGGCACAGCCUCUGGAGAAUGGUACCCAUUUUCCCUUGUUCUUACUGUGUCUUCAGCAAGCUGCAAAAUUAAGGGAUCGAGAGUGGCUCACUGAACUUUUUCAGCUAAGUAAGGUCAACAUGCAAAAGAUGUUGCCAGAGAUCGACCAGAACAAAGAUCGUAUGUUAGAAAUCUUGGAAGGAAAAGGACUUAGUUUUCUGUUUCCACUUUUAAAGCUGGAGAAAGAGCUACUAAAACAGAUUGAGGCAGACCCAUCUCCUCAGGCAAUCUAUAAGUGGAUCAAAGAUAACAUUUCACCAAAGCUUCAUACAGACAAGGGAUUUGUCAAUAUUCUUAUGACCAGCUUCUUGCAGUACAUUUCUCAUGAAAUGAGUCUGCCGGAGGGGGAUGACCAGUUAACUGCUCCUACAAAGGAACAGCUAGACCAGGAGAAGCAGCUGCUACUUGCCUUCAAGCCCGUAAUGCAGAAGUUUCUGCACGAUCAUGUUGACUUGCAGGUCAGUGCAUUGUAUGCACUGCAGGUUCACUGCAACAACACUAGUUUUCCAAAAGGCAUGUUACUGCGGUUUUUUGUCAAUUUUUAUGAUAUGGAAAUAAUUGAAGAGGAAGCCUUCCUUGCAUGGAAAGAAGAUAUCACUCAAGAGUUCCCUGGAAAAGGCAAAGCAUUAUUUCAGGUAAAUCAGUGGUUAACGUGGUUGGAGACAGCAGAAGAGGAGGAAUCAGAAGAUGAAGUGGAUUAAAAAAAUAAAAAAUGGGAAAGCCUUAAAUAGUGCUAGUAUUGCCGAGACUUAAUUUUUCUUGACCCAGAAAACCACUGUGGGACUUUUUUGGUCUUCUUAAAGGUCCCUGCUAUGUUUAAGGUAGAUUUUGGCCAAUUCUGUCUGAAUUAGAAUACAGUGUCUUAAGCAUAGUCUACCAUCAGAUGUUUAGAACCCCCCUCAAUGUUUAGGAGACUUUAUAAUGUAUUUAGCAGCAUGCAAUAAAAUACAUCUUCUGUUCUAUAUAGUGGCAGUAGAUUGCAAGGACCGAAAAUAUAUAAAUAUAUAUAUAAAUCUUUCUAUAUAUAUUCUUUUUGCUGCCAUGUAGGCUUGUUUUAAACUGAAAAGCAACACUGUAGAAAUGCACUUUGCUCAGUGUAAUACUUGAGUCGUUGCAAUAUUCUAAAUAUCCCUUGAUUGUUACAAAGAAUCCUCAACUGUAAUAUCGGUUUUUGCCGUAACAUUAUAGUAAUUUGCCUUUAUUUCUACCUCCUAGUAAUGGGCUUUGUUAAGUGUUUGGGUUGAAUAUCCUAAAGUAAUGAAAUUUAAUGACAUCAUAAACUCCCUGCCAGUGGACAAGUUGGUACAACUUGAUUUACUAGCACAAAAGAUCAGAUUGUGUGGUUAGCAAAAAGAUCUUCAAGUGGUUGUGGUGGAUAUAUGGAAACCUGCCCCCUACCAUCUUAUUUUGUGUUUAGCCCUUUUUAGUAUUUGAAAUGAUCAAGUUUAGUUCACAUUAACCCACCUCUUAUUCCCAAGCAUCCCAAGCACCCCUUAUCUGUAACUAAAACGUUGUAAUACUUGAACAUAUAUAUUAUACAGUAUAUUCCAUACUGCAUGUUCAGGGACUCAAAUAAAAUCUCUGCCCAUACAGUCUGAUGUACAGCUUGUCAGCCUAGGAAGAUGUGUAUCAGAAUGAUUUUUUUUUUAAACUUGUCUUUUAAAUGGUGAAUAAAAAAAAUUAACAAACA